UCGAUCUUAUUCAAGAUGACAAAACUUUUCGAACUAAUCGUCGCUCAUUUGAACCGGCAGUUGGCGCUGUUGAAACUAAAGAUAACAUUUUUUCAAGACAAGCUGGAAAUGCAAAUUAACAGUAAUAAAACAAAUGAAAAUACUCAGGAAAAAGCAGUUGUUGAAAGCAGUAGAAAAAGUAAACAAACUGAUAUUUUACGCAAAGCUUUGUGUGUGUGUAUUGAAUUUAGUAAUAUUUGCCAAACUGUUGAGAUCAUGUCCCCAAGGCGUCUCCAACGUCAAUUUGCUUUUGAUUCUAAUGUUGGAAACUCGCCAGUACAUAGGCCUACACAAGCGCUUGUUGAACGAGUCACAGGUCCUCGAUCCAAUCAAGGUAAUACCAACAGAAGCCCAAAAGGUACAGCAAAUGGGAAUGCAAAUUUGGACAUUUUUAAUGCUAACAACAAUGCUAACAACAAUGGUCAAUCCAAAAUGGUCAAUGAGCAGGACUUCUCUUUGGAUAGGCUAGCUCACCUGGGUUCAGGUGGGUUUGGAUCAGUUUUUAAAGGUACUUAUUGUGGUAUGAAAGUAGCCGUUAAGUACCUGCAUCAAAGUAAGCGGAAUCGCCGAGCAUUUGUUCAAAGUUUUAAAGCGGAACUUGAGGCGGUAAAUUUCAUUCAUGAGAACAUUGUUCGUAUAUUAGCAGCAAGUGAUCCAGCCGAUAUUAGUGAUGGUUGUUUUCUAAUCAUGGAAUACGCUGGGGAUAGGAAUCUUCUGCAGUGCAUCAACGAUCCUGGCGACCAUUUUUCUCUUCAAAGAAGAGCGAGAUAUGCGUUCGAUAUUGCAAACGCUUUGUCCUAUAUUCAUAGCAACUGCGUUGCACAUUUGGAUAUAAAACCAGCUAAUGUGAUAAUAUCGCCAACUGAUCGUUGCAAAAUCACGGAUUUUGGUUGUUGUCGACAAGUUAAAAAUGGUCUCGUUGUGACCGACAUCACUGAAAGAUCGUACUUAACUGGGACAUACGCAUACCGCGCACCGGAACUUUUACGCGGUCGCCAACCAACCGUGAAAGCAGACAUAUAUUCUUUAGGUAUAACGCUUUGGCAUAUGUUGAUCCGUGAACAACCAUAUGAUGGGGACAUGCACGCAAUAAUCUUCGCAGUCGUUGCCUAUGGAAUGAGACCAGAGUGUCCUGAUACAGUUAACAUUAAUGAACAAUGGUACGUGAGUCUCUUCCAGCAAUGCUGGCAUGCUUCGCCGAGUGAGAGACCGUCAGCAUGUACUCUAAAGGAAACGCUUGCUGGUAAACUUCUUGUUGGUAAAGCCACCAAAUUAAAGUUCUGACGACAUUGAUGCAUUGCUUACGGAUUGAUUUAGGAAUUUAAGGACAAAACUCUGUCACAUUAAUCAAUUUAAUGUUUCUACUUGUAAUAAUGAUUAAUGUUUUGAUAGUGUAUAUAGUUAACAAAUAGGGCCUAUGUAAUUUUCCCAUAAUUAUUCCUAAAAUACUUUUUAUGAAUAUUUAUUGUAAAUAUGUAUGUACAAAGAAUAUAUCUAAUGAUUUAUUUUAUCUAUAUUUCAAAUUAUAUAAGUUUUAUGAUUUUAUAUUUCUAUUUGGUAUCACACUUUAUAUUUCUAUUUCUUCAGUUUCCAUGUGCGUAUACUGAUAGUGCGUAUUUAUAUAAAUAAAAACUUGGCAUAUGCCAACAUUUGGUGUUUGUUGAAAUUGUUUUAACCCGCAUCUGAAACGACGUGGAUUACCGGUACUGUACCAACAUUGAUUAUUACAUGGCUUGUGAAUCACUACAUAGGCCUACUAAAGUAUUACGCACGGACAACAGAUUAAAGUCUUAUUUCCAUAAAGUCACUACACAGCUUUUGGCUUCAAUGAAUGGUCGGCCAAAUUAUAUUAGCGAGUUUUCCCGAUUCUUGUCUAUGUAGACAAUUCGUCAGCACGUGAUUAAGUUAUAAUGAAGAACAAACCUACAUUAAGAUUUUAUGCCCCAAAACGUGUUAUUAAAUCUAUUAAAAUGACGCAGUUUUAGUUACUUAGCUAUUAAGGUUAUUAACCUUAUGUCGUAGCCUCGACGUUUGU